CAGUUGAUGGUGGUAAUUAAAGCGAACAUAAAGUUAUUGCAAUAUGCAAAGUUAAGCGUACUGCAACCGUCUGUAGGUUGGUAUUUAGUGGGACAGCACUGUGGAUUGUCCCUUGUUGAACGAGUAUGCUCGCACCACCUGUCCUUUUACCAUUAGUAACCUUCGCAUAUGAAUGAAACCUAUUAUAUUGACGGAAGUUAAGAUUAUCGCAUUCUCUUACAUACGUUUCUUGAAGACUAAAAGCCACUGGAUUAAAUUCUUUUGAUAAAAGUUUCACCUCAUCAAAAUUCGCCCUAAGCCCUCGACAGUUCCACUGUAGGAUUGUAUUAGGAUACAUUUAAGGAGCAAUUACAGGAGGCUCCUGGAUACGAUGGCAGACAUUCCUCACAAGCAUAAAGCUUUAAACAGAGAUGUUAAGUUUCAAAUCAUCUCUGCUGUCAAUGCUGGAAAGAAAUCAAAGAAAGAAAUUGCAGAUGAAUUUGGUGUCCCAAAAUCCACUUUGGAUACGAUCAUCAAGCAGAGACAGUCAAUCAUUUACAAAUUCCAGUUAUCCGAGUAUGGGGCAGCUAGAAAACGAUUCCAAUCAUCAGCUAACAAAGAUGUAGAUGCACUGUUUGAGUGGUUUAAUGCUGUUCGAAGUAAAAACAUUCCUUGGAGUGGUCAUAUCAUAAUUUCUAUGGCAAAAGAAUUUGCUGAGAAGCUAGGCCAUUCUGACUUUAGUGCAAGUACCGGCUGGCUGGAGAGAUUGAAGAAGAGGCAUGGCACAUGUUCUUCAACAACCCUUGGCGAGAGUGCAUCAGUUGACCCCAAGCUUGUCGAUGAUUGGUUGACCUCUCAACUUCCGACCUACCUGACCAAAUUCAACACAGAUGAUAUUUUUAAUGAUGGGCAUGGUUUGUUUUAUAGACUUGUACCCCAGAGAACUCUAAACUUGAAAGGUGAAAAAUGUCACAGUGGCAAGAAGUCUAAAGAACGCAUUACUCUUCUUGUGGCUUCAAAUAUGACAGGGACUGAGAGACUUAAGCUUUCAGUGAAUGGAAAAUCUGUGAAACCAAGUUGUUUUAAGAAUGUUUGAAGUUUGCCGGUUGACUACAAAAUCAACUCCAAAGCCAAGAUGCAAAGUGAAAUCUUCCAUGAAUAUUUGUUCCAAUAAGACAAGUCCAUGAAGAGACAUGAUAGAAAUGCUGCUACUUGUAGACAACUACUCCGCCAACCCACAUGUUCCAAACUUGGCAAAUGUCACGCUUGCCUUCCUGCCACCAAACACAACAUCCAAGAUCCAGCCUAUGGACCAAGGUAUCAUAGCCAACCUGUGACCGCCCAGUGCAUUGCAAACUGCCUCUGUGAAGGUGGCUUUUAGUCCCCAAUCGACGAGGAAUUAUCUGAUGGAAGACACUGUGCCCUUGUCGAGAUUGCAAGUCCGAAGUGGAAACAGCGACUGAUAUCCUACACGAUGUGACCCUGGAAGAUUAUUUGGCAGCCAAUGACAACAUCAUCGCAGCCGAGCGACCCACAGAAGACGACAUCAUCCACAAAGUUAAACACACUGAAAACACUGGCCCUCCUGACUCCGAUGGUGAACUUGAGACAUAACCACCAAAUACAUGUGAACUUCUCUCACCAUCAGAAAUGACUACACAUCUCGAAGUCAUUCAUCAGUUCUUUCAGAGUUGCCCUGGCUUAUCACCAAAAGUGUUUGAUAAGAUUGACGACAUUGAGAUAAUACUUGACCAAAUCCGUCUUUCAACAAAUGUUCAGAGCAAAAUCACAGACUUCCUGAAUGAAGGCAAUUGACGCUUGUAUCUGUAUGUCAUUGAAACAUGUUUUUAUUUAUGUUAUGAAUAAACAUAGUACAUGUACAGAGAACACUUUUGUUUUUUAUUGAGUGUGGUCACAUGACUUGAUCCAAGAUGUCUGAUUGUCGAUAUGCGCAGUAUAAUAAACGACUGAAAAAACAAACUAAAAUAAGUAGUCCCUUUGAGUUUGUUAUAACUGUAGUUUACUGUACCUGGUAGAUGUGGUCACAUGGUAACUCUGCAUGCAAAAUCAAGCUUUGCAAUAUUGUAAAUCACAGAUCUCAACCAUCAUAGCCGAUGUUCGCUAUUAAGAACACAUAAAUAACAUUACAUGGUUACCAACAAGUUAGCCAGCUAUGCAUGCUUUAAUAGCCUAUGAAUAUACCUCAUAAAAAAAUUCUUGUCAAACAACUGUUCAACAAUUUAUGAAAGAAAAGCCUUGUUGUAUAGUUUUUUAAAGUUGUUCGAAAAUUGUUCAUCAAUUCUUUACCAGUUGUUUGACACAUGGUUACUUUAUUAGAUCCUGCAAUCAGAAAGAUUACAUCAGAAGGCUUUUCUUGAGCUGCUUGUAGCUCAGUUUCAGUCUAGAUUACCAUAUUUUUAGUUUACAGAAAACACAUUAUCACGGCAUUAGAACACUGAACAAGAAAGCCUUCAAGUUUUUUUAACUUUUGGAUAAUGUCACUUGCAGUUUGUGAAAUCAGAACUUAAUACAAGCAAGUUUGUUGGCUGUAGCACAGUUUGCAACGAAGCCAUUAUGACUACCAGUUAUUCUUGUGAAUACAAAACCUCUAUUACAUCACUGCCAUAAAUCUUUAUAUUUUCAACAGCAGUCCUCUUCAUUAUCAACUAUCCAUAACCAGUUGAGAUAGUAGUAAUAGUAUCUCCCUUCUUCAUCCUCUGCGCAUCCACAGUCAAAAACUCUUCACUUCUUUCCUGCGUGUGCUAGUGUCAGCAUCAGUAUAAUUUGUCAUAGCUCAUAAUUUGGUAGCUUUCACUCGGUUACAAGUUUGGAUCUUCAGUUUACCAGAUGUGACAGUUGAAGAGGUUUAGUUUUCCUUUCAACUUAGUUGCUAGGGUGGUAAAUGUUGUGGGAAACAAGAAGGCGUCACCUCCUCCAGCUUGUUGAAGAUGUGGGAAACCCUGACAUCUGCUGAAAGUGCUGCUCUACUAGAUGUACAGACGAGUCAAGAUGCACCCUGUGUUCAGGAUUAAUUUCUCAGA